GAAUCUUCCACAGCUUCCUCUCGAGAAAAGGCUGGAAAACUAGAAGCACAAAAUAGUAAUUUCCUGUUUCCUAAAGCCUGCCACCAAAGGACACGCAGCAACUCAACCAGUGUUAAUCCCUAUUGCACAGGAGAAAUGGAUUUUCCCAUGACCAAGAAAUCUGCAGCACCCACAGACAGACAGCCUUAUUCUCUCUGUAGUAGCAGGAAGUCCCUCUCUCAACAACUGGACUGUCCAGCAGGAAAGGCUGCGGGCACCUCCAGACCGACACGGUCGCUGAGCACAGCUCAGCUCAUGCAGCCCUCUGGGGGCCUCCAGGCUUCAGUCAUCUCCAACAUCGUGCUGAUGAAGGGCCAAGCUAAGGCGGCUGCAGCCGAUGGAAGGCUACAAGAAGGUGAUGAGAUUCUAGAACUCAAUGGUGAAUCGAUGGCUGGACUAACACAUCAGGACGCUUUGCAGAAGUUCAAGCAAGCCAAGAAGGGGCUUCUCACCCUCACCGUGAGGACCCGCCUGAUGGCACCGCCCUCCCUGUGCAGCCACCUGUCUCCCCCUCUGUGCCGCUCUCUGAGCUCCAGCACUUGUGCCACCAAGGACAGCAGCUCCUUUGCCUUGGAAAGCCCCACAGCUCCCGCCAGCACCGCCAAGCCCAAUUACAGAAUCAUGGUGGAGGUUUCUCUGAAGAAAGAGGCUGGCGUUGGCCUGGGCAUCGGCCUGUGCAGCGUGCCCUACUUCCAGUGCAUCUCGGGCAUUUUCGUUCACACCCUGUCGCCGGGAUCUGUGGCACAUCUGGAUGGACGACUCCGGUGUGGUGAUGAGAUUGUGGAAGUCAAUGAUUCUCCUGUGCACUGCUUGACUCUUAAUGAAGUCUACGCGAUCCUGAGUCACUGUGAUCCUGGUCCAGUACCCAUCAUUGUUAGCCGACAUCCAGACCCCCAGGUUUCUGAACAGCAGCUCAAAGAAGCUGUGGCCCAGGCUGUGGAGAACAUCAGGUUUGGAAAGGAGAGGCAUCAGUGGAGUCUGGAAGGUGUCAAAAGGCUGGAGAGCAGCUGGCACGGGCGGCCCACCUUGGAGAAGGAGCGUGAGAAGAACUCAGCACCCCCACAUCGCAGGGCUCAGAAGGUCAUGGUGCGCUCCAGCAGUGACAGCAGCUACAUGUCUGGGUCCCCGGGGGGAAGCCCUGGCCAUGGUGGUGCUGAACUGCAGCCCCCUGACCUAGAAGUCAGCACACACAGCCCCAGCCUGCCCCCAGGGCAGGAGCCGGGGAUGUUUCCCACGGCAUCUUCCAGGCCACCGCAGGAGAGCCCUCCCCUCCCUGAGAGCCAGGAUGGCCACCCGCCACUGAGGCUGAAGAAAUCCUUCGAGAUUUUGGUGAGAAAGCCUACGUCUUCCAAGCCCAAGCCUCCACCCAGAAAAUACUUUAAAAGUGACAGUGACUCUCAGAAGAGUCUGGAAGAAAGACAAAGCUCCUUAUGCCCUUCUGGGCACACAUUGUCCACCUGCAGCCAGGAAGCCAAAGAGCUGCUGCCACCACUAUCGCUGCAGGAAGACGUAGUGGGGAGAACCCCACACACCAUCGCCUGCUGCCCGGGACCUGGAGCUGGCCUGCAGACCACGUCCUCCCCAGAGGGAGAGCCAGGGAGGAGAAGAGCCAGCCCAGUGACCCAAACAUCCCCAGUAAAACACCCGCUGCUUAAGAGGCAGGCUCGGAUGGACUAUAGCUUUGAGACCACAGCUGAAGACCCUUGGGUUAGAAUUUCUGACUGCAUCAAAAACUUAUUUAGUCCCAUCAUGAGUGAGAACCACAGCCACAUGCCGCUACAGCCCCACGUCAGCCUGGGUGAAGAGGAUGGGAUACAGAGCCACCCAGAUGGGACCCCACUGAAGCCAGACACUGCCAAUGGUGCUUCCAAAGUUUGCAAGUCAGCAGACAGCAGCACUGUAAAGAAGGGUCCUCCUGUGGCCCCCAAGCCAGCCUGGUUUCGUCAAAGCUUGAAAGGUUUGAGGAAUCUUGCCCCAGACCCAAGAAGGCUGCCUGCUGCGGCCUCACCCACUCAGCCAGCACCUGCUUCCAGGGAUCACCCGGGGCCACAUCCGCGGGCCUCCUCCUCCUCCAUCAAGCAGAGAAUCAGCUCUUUUGAAACCUUUGGCUCCUCUCAACUGCCCGACAAAGGAGCCCAGAGACUGAGCCUCCAGCCCUCCUCCAGGGAGGCAGCAAAACCUCCCGGGAAGCAAGAGGGAGGACGGUUUUCCGGCAUCCUGGGGCGAGGGGCUCCACCCCCUGUUGAGCACCAGCAGCCAGAGCAAGAGCAGUUACCCCAGGGGUCCCCCGGAGCCAUGGAGGCCAGCAACCCAGGUGUGUCUGAGUCCCCUCCCCCAGGGUGGCAGCCCAGCCAGAAAACCCUCCCACCUGACCCGGACCCUCUCUUGAGUUUGCUGUCAACACAGACUUUGGAAUCUCAAGGCCCAGUCGUUAAGAUGCCAAGCCAGCGGGCACGGAGCUUCCCCCUGACCAGGACCCAGUCUUGUGAGAUGAAGCCACUUGAUGAAAAGACCAGUAAACUCUACUCCAUCAGCAACCAGGUGUCAUCAGCCGUCAUGAAAUCCUUGCUGUGCCUUCCAUCUUUGGUCUCCUGUGGCCAGACUCCCUGCAUCUCCAAGGAAGGGGCAUCUGCAUCGCCAUCGUCCAGCGAAGACGCAGCUGUGAAUAGUUUUGCAGAAACUCCUGCCUCAGACAUGGGGUUCUCGCUCAACCUUUCAGAGCUGAGAGAGUAUACAGAGGCUCUCACUGAGCCCAAGGAAACCGAUGAUGGGGGCCACUGUUCCCCUCAGACUGGUCAGUCUGUUAUCUCCCUGCUGAGCUCAGAAGAAUUGAAAAAGCUCAUUGAGGAAGUGAAGGUUCUGGAUGAAGAGACAUUAAAGCAAUUAGACAGCAUCCAUGUCACCAUCCUGCACAAGGAGGAAGGAGCUGGCCUUGGGUUCAGCUUGGCUGGAGGAGCAGAUCUAGAAAACAAGGUGAUUACGGUUCACAGAGUGUUUCCAAAUGGGUUGGCCUCCCAGGAAGGGACUAUUCAGAAGGGCAAUGAGGUUCUUUCCAUCAACGGCAAGUCCCUCAAAGGGACCACACACAAUGAUGCCCUGGCCAUCCUCCGCCAAGCUCGGGACCCAAGGCAAGCUGUGAUUGUCACAAGGAAGCCAGCUCUGGAGGCCGUGUCUGACCUGAACUCCUCCACUGACUCUGCAGCCUCAGCCUCUGCAGCCAGUGACAUUUCUGUAGAAUCUACUGCAGAGGCCACAGUCUGCACGGUGACACUGGAGAAGACCUCUGCAGGGUUGGGUUUUAGCCUGGAAGGAGGGAGGGGCUCCCUGCAUGGAGACAAGCCUCUCACCAUCAACAGGAUUUUCAGAGGAGCAGCCUCAGAACAGAGUGAGACAGUUCAGCCAGGAGAUGAGAUCUUGCACAUGGCUGGCACUGCUGUGCAGGGCCUCACACGCUUUGAAGCCUGGAACAUCAUCAAGUCACUUCCUGAUGGUCCUGUCCCGAUUGUCAUCAGGAGGAAAAGCCUGCAGGUCAAGGGGACCACAGCUGCUGGAGACCCCUAGGCAGAGCACCAGUGCUGAAGCGAAAGCCAGCAGCGUGCAGCUCCCACGCCUGCUGAUUCUCAGGGUCUCUGCUGCCCACCCCACCCACAUGGGGGAAAGUACAGGUGUGCUUCCUGGUGGCCACUGCCCAGGUCCAGACCUUCUGGGACACCACCCAGCAAGAGGGUUGUCCGAUUAGUAAGGGCAGAUUUACACUGGGGUGGCUGAUACAAACUGUAGACUGUAUAGAGAGAGCUUAAUGAUAAUAUUGUGGUGCCAUAAAUAAAAUGCAUAUAUUAUGGUUUGA